AUGUUGGCAACCAUAGCUACCUACUUGUGGAGGUUGGUGGUGGCAGCAGCUGCUUUCGCAUUUGCAUCGUUCCUUGUGUACUAUGUUCCCGCGAGCUGUCGCCCUCGGAAUUUCCCUCCAGGUCCUCCUGGGCUCCCAGUACUUGGGAAUCUUCACCAACUUCCUUUGAAGAAACUAUUCCUCAAAUUUCAUGAGUGGCAAGGACAAUAUGGCCCUGUUGUAGGGUUGAAGUUCGGUCCUCUGAACGUCGUCGUCCUAAGCAACUACAAGCCUGUCAGAGAGCUUUACGACAAGAGAGGCAAUAUCUACUCCAGCCGACCUGACAGCUAUGUUGGCAACGAACUCAUCUGCCCCAAUGAGGUUCACAUUCUCUUUCAGCCGUACGGCCCAGCGUGGAGGAUGCUUCGAAAAGCCGCCGCGGGCUUUUUGAACGUCAAAGGUUUCGAGGCCCUACUACCGCUUCAGGAAGCCGAAGCAUCUCAAGUCAUGUACGACAUAAUGCAGUCGCCGGAGAAAUGGUACGAACAUGUUCGCCGCUACGCAGCCGCCGUAAUCCUAGAAGCUGUAUACGGCCAAAGAGGUGCUACUUACGACGACCCGAGAGUCCAGGGAUUCUAUGAGAUACAAACAAAUUUUGCGGGAACAAUGGCUGCUGGAGCAACCCCGCCCAUCGACGCUUUUCCUUUUCUCAAGCACAUUCCGGGGUUCCUCGCGCCAUACAAGUCUCGAGCAGUGGCACUUGGCCAGCAGCAAAAAGGAUUUUACGUUGAUCUGCUUCACACAACAAAGGCCAGGAUAGACCGACAGGCCGCAGCUCCCUGUUUCAUGCAAAAGCUUUUGAAAGGAAGUGACAAUAGUGGGUUGAGCUACGACCAGCUCGUCUAUGUCGGGGGAAAUCUGCUGGAAGCUGGCGCAGAAACCUCGGCGUCCAACCUGCACAUCUUUGUUCUCGCCAUGAUAUCCCACCCUGAAGUGUUCAAGAAGGCUCAAAUCGAGGUGGACGACGUCUGCGGCGUAUCCGCCUCACCUUCGGCAAAGCAUAUCAAAGACCUUCCUUAUAUGCGAGCUAUCAUGACCGAAAUUUUCAGAUGGAGACCGCUCGCUCCAGAAGGAACGCCUCACCUGUUGACCCAGGAUGACUGGUACGACAAGUACUUCCUGCCGAAGGGGACAAUCGUCUUUGCAAAUAGCUGGUCGAUCCACCAUGACGAGACAGAGUACGACAAGCCCGCGGAAUUCAUCCCAGAGAGAUGGCUAAACAACAAAUUCGGAACGAGGGUCAACAAUGACACUGAAUCGGGCGACAACAGAAGGACCACCUAUACUUUCGGUGCGGGCAGGAGAGUCUGUCUCGGUCAAGACAUGGGAGAGAAUUCCUUGAUGAUAAACAUGGCGAAGAUGGCGUGGGCCUUUGACAUCAGGGCAGAUCCCAACUGCCCCCCGAAUCUCGACGAACGUGAGACGUAUUCUGAUACCUUUGUGGGAGGGCCACUGCCGUUUCCCGCCAUCUUCACCAUCAGGUCCCAGAGGCAUCGAGACGUUCUGGAACGGGAGUAUUGUGAAGCGGAGGAGUUUCUUCGGCAGUACGAGGACCAGCAAGAAUGA